AUGGAUUCUCCCUAUUUAAGAACUGAAAGCCCAACACCAUUAGGAAAUCUUUCACAAUUGUCCAAUUUACAGCCUUUUUAUCCGACACGUUGUAUUCACACUAUUUCACAAGAAGAUAACAACUCUGUAUUAUCAUUAGUAGCAAGUAAACACUAUUUAUUUAGUGGAAGUCAAAGUUCUCAAAUUCAUGUAUGGGAUCUUCAAACAUUCACUCUAGUCACUGUUUUGAAAGGUCAUCGAGGCAGUGUUCUGGGUUUAACGUUAUCCAAAGACGAGCAAUAUCUAUUUAGUAGUUCAGGUGACGGAUCUGUUAGAGCUUGGGAUACAGAAACAUUAAAAUGCACUCAUCUUAUUCAAUCCUGUCAUGAUGUGGGUGAUAUAUUUUCAGUUUGUUAUUCAGAUACAAACAAUACUAUUUAUUUUGGGAGUCAAAAUACAAGUAUUCAAUGGUAUAAUUUUGCAGAUCCUCAGACGACCCAUGUUCUUGUUCCAAUCUUAUCUCGUAAAAGAGACAAUUGUAUUAAUUUUUUUGAAGAUAAUGACAUUGAGGAAGACAAAGAAAAUGAACGUCUGCAGGAAGAAUUAGAUAAGUCGGUUAUUAAAUGCGUCAUUCGUGAAAAAAACAUCUGUAGCAAUGCACACGAUGGAUAUGUAUAUUGUCUGUUACACGCAAACGAUAUUCCUAAUAUUAAAGGCGAGGUUUUAAUUAGUGGUUCUGGCGAUGGUGAUGUUAAGAUCUGGCUUAUUGAAAAAAAUGGAAUUCGACUUUUACAUACAUUAAAGGGAAACCUAGACAAAGGGAUUUUAUGUCUUUCACUGUCAGAGGAUGGCUAUCUAUUUUGUGGGGUUCAGGGCGGUGAUGUUCAAAUAUGGGAUUUAGAAACACUUCAGAUGAUUCGAUCUGUUAUGGCUCACACUGAUGAUGUUCUAGCCAUUGCUAUUAGAGGCUCUGGUUUUAUAAGUGCCUCUGCUGAUGGAUCUAUAAAGAUUUGGAACGAAGGAUUCCAAUUCCGAGAAAGUUUAGUUGAACAUGAUGGUAUUGUCUUAUCCCUAUCAACGAAAAGUAAUUAUUUAAUUUCUGGAAGUAACGAUCACACUAUCAAGUUUUGGGAUAUGCCCUCGUUAUCUUUUCCCUCCUUUGAGACCUUUAGGAGACCUAGUGUUGCCCUUUUAGAGACCCCAUCUAGUGAUACUAUGCUAUAUGUAUUAGAAAAAUGGAUUGCUAUGCGUACUGUGAGUGGUGAUUCUAGAUAUUUUGAAGAAUGUAGAAGAGGUGCAAGAUUUCUUAAAAAUAUUUUGCAGCAACUGGGUGCAGUGAGUCGUAUGAUUCAUGGGGCAAGUGGACGCAAUCCCCUUGUGUAUGGUAAAUUUACAGGUAAACGAUCGACAUCGAAUCAGAAAAAGACCCCUACAGUACUGAUUUAUGGUCAUUAUGAUGUGAUUGCCGCCGAUAAUGAGAAAAACCUAUGGGAUAGUGACCCUUUUAGAUUAACAGGAAGAAAUGGAUAUCUUUAUGGACGUGGAACGAGUGAUAACAAGGGUCCUAUCCUUGCUUCUAUAUUUGCUGUAAAUGAAUUGUUGAAAGAGGGCCUCUUAGAUGUCAAUGUUAUAUUUUUAAUUGAGGGCGAAGAGGAAAGUGGAAGUGCGGGAUUAUAUGAAGCGAUCGAGAAAUAUAAAGAACUAUUCGAGGAUGUGGAUAUGAUAUUACUCAGUAAUUCAUAUUGGUUAGGUGAGGAUGUUCCUUGCAUCACCUAUGGUCUUCGUGGUGUCAUUCAUGCAACUGUCACCAUUUGUAAUUCACGACCUGAUCUUCAUUCAGGUGUAGAAGGGGGCGCAGUCUCGGAACCCUUGAUGGACCUUAUUCAUGUAUUAGGGAAACUGGUAGAUAAGAAUAAAAGAGUGCUUAUCCCCGGCUUUUAUGAUCAUGUAAGACCUUUAACAGAGGCUGAAGAAAGAUUAUACGACCCGAUUGUUGAAUGGAUGCAUACCUCAGAGACAGCUCAAUCAACCAGCACCAGGGCUCAUCACUCCACUAUUGCCUCUCAAAAAUCAACUGUCAGUAAAGAGAUGCAAUGCAAACUUAGAAUGAGUACAGAUGAUGAUAAUGAAAAAUUAGAUCCCAUCAAGUUAAAGCAACAGCUUAUGUCACGUUGGAGAUAUCCUACCUUUACAGUCCAUACAAUUGAUGUCUCUGUUAAUAAUCCAACUAUCAUCCCUCGUAGUGCUAAGGCUGCAGUUAGCAUGCGUGUUGUACCAGACCAAAAUAUAACUGACGUCUGUGCACAAUUUGAAGACUAUGUAUGUAAAGUAUUUGCUGAAAGCACUCAAUCAGACAAUAAAAUAUCAGUCACGAUUGAAAAUGUAGCAGACUACUGGCUUGGUGAUUUGAAUAGCAAAUACUUUAAAGCAGUUGAAAGGGCAAUUGAAGAAGAAUGGAAUCUAAAGCCAUUAUAUAUUCGUGAAGGUGGUUCUAUCCCUGCUGUACGUUGGUUAGAAAAAUUUUGUGAUGCACCUGCUAUUCAUAUCCCCUUUGGUCAAUCCUCUGAUCAAGCCCAUCUGCAUAACGAAAGAAUUCGAUUACUAAAUCUCCAUGCUGGUAAACGUAUUAUAAAGAAGCUAUUAACUGCAUUAGCAGACCUGUAA